AUGGAAAGUGGUGAAGAAAUAUCUUUAACACAGAACACUUUCAGAGAAAGUGGAUCUGAUAUAGAUACGGACAUUAUCAUAGAUGAUAUCAUCAACAUGGAGACGGAAAAUCCUGGAGGAAUCUGUCAGAAGUAUGAAAAUUCGGGUUUAGAUUUCAAAUGUCAGCCAGAGGAGAUCAAACCCAAAGAGACGAAACGAUUCUCGGACCCUCUGUCAGAAAUGGACAUAAACUCGCUUUUUAAUAUCAUUUUCAUACUUCAUGGUGACAGUUUGUCGUUAAUGUCUACUUUCAAUGAAAUAUCAAAGUAUAAAGCAGAGGUGGAAGGUUCGCAGUCUGAAGAUGUAGAGAUUCGAGCAGAAGAAACAGAACUUCCAGUAAUUAACAGACCGGCUCAGCCAACCAUGAGAUUAUUAUAUGAAGAAAUUUGCGCUUUGCGGCAAGAAGUUAAAGAACUGAGGAGAGAAAUGAAGGAAAUGAAGAGUGCGCCGAAAAAAAGUUUUCAAGUGAAUGGUUCUAAUGUAAAGAAACCUUUAACAGCUCUUCUGAAAAGCUUCUUCUUCACAUACCCAUGGAUAAGAGAAGAUGACGAGGAUUUAAAGAGACAAAUUACAUCAGUUCUGGAGGGGUGUGGAUGGGAGGCAGGCAAAAAUGUCAUCAUCACAUGUUUCUCAUUUGCCUCCCAUUCUUUCACCAACUGGAGGAACCAGGUUCGUCAAAAGCUAGUGACUCAAGAUAAGCGGGUCGAGAUGAUGCCCAUCAACAAUCUUCAAAGGUACCUUUUCUCUGCCUUAUGGGUGUCGCCAUCUGAAUCGGAUGUGAAGAUUAAUUUCAGGGUGACCCUUGCACUGAGGGCUUUCGCAGAUGGGCACAGGUUGUUCAAGAACCCAACCACAGCCAUAGACUUCUGGCGUGCGUUUAGAAGGAACAUUGACACAAUGGUAGGCAAUCUUUAA